AUGAUCUAUGAGAAUUUAAGAGAACCAGAAUCAUCUAUUCUUGCAUCACUACUGCAAGUUUGUGGAGGAACAUCAGAUCUUCGGCAUGGGAGAGAAAUUCACGGUCAUGUCACUCGUUCUUGUAGGAACAUGAAUUCUUAUAUGAUGGUGGAAAACAAUGCUCUCAUUGAUAUGUAUGCAAAGGCUGGGGAUUUAAAUUCAGCUGUAUUAUUAUUUGAGAAUGUCAAAAACAAAAACUUGGUGACUUGGACCACUAUGAUCAGCGGGUACGGAAUGCAUGGUUUGGGUACAGAAGCAGCGGAAGCUUUUAAUGCGAUGAAGAAAACGGGUAUUAUACCAGAUGGAGUUACUUUUAUUGCUCUACUCUCAGCCUGUAGUCAUGGGAGACUAGUUGAUGAAGGUUUGCAACUCUAUAUAUCAAUGCAAAGGGACUACAAAAUUGAGCCUGAUAUGAAGCAUUUUGCCUGCAUGGUCGAUAUCUAUGCACGUUCAGGUCUUCUUGACCAAGCUUUCAGUUUUAUAAAGAAAAUGCCUGUUGAGCCUUCUGAAUUUAUAUGGGCAUCCUUACUUUCAUCUUGUAGGACAUACAAAAAUGUAGUAUUGGGUGAGCAGGCAGCUAUAAAAGCAUUGGCUUUUAAUCAGUAUAACACACGGGUUUACAUACUUUUAUCUCAACUCUACGCAGAUUCAGGACAAUGGGAAGAUUUCAGUAAGGUAAGGCUGGUUAUGAAAGAUCUGGGGCUGAAACCAACUACAGCACAAAGCUGGGUCGAAGUAGAGAGGAAGAUAUACAUAUUCACAGUAAGGGACAACAUGAAUCCAUAUUCAGAAAAAAUGUACAAGCUAUUAGAAACACUGACAGAAACGAUGCACAAGGAAGGUUUUGUUGCAUAUCGAUCAUCUGGAUGUCAUGAUAUUACUAAGGAGGAAAAAGAGCACUACAAGAAAAUGCCGGAAGUAUCUGGCCGAUUUCGAUUUAGAUAA